UGCUACUGCAAAAGUGUUACAAGCCAAUUUUUCGCUUUGACUUAGAAAAUGCUUCGUAACGCUUACGUACGUCUUGUUCCAAAAAAGAUUUUGGCAGAAAAUUUCGUCUUUCAUCUACAUUACCGAUGGACUGUUGCGUUGUUGUUGGUUUGCAGUUUCGUUAUAACCUGCAGGCUUGUCCUGGGACAUUCCUUUUCAUGUAUAAAUGUCGCUGGAUACACUAAAGAACAACUGGAAACCCACUGUUAUGCUGAGUAUGUUUACUCUUUGCCUGUUCAACUCCUGAGCCACCAUGUAGCAAACAGUGCGUCGGUUGAUCCGUCUGUUCAUGGAUUUCGCCGUCAUCAGGAAUUCUACCCGUGGGUUAAUCUACUAUUCCUAAUCCAUGCAUUUAACUUCUACCUUCCUCAUUUACUGUGGAAAUAUUACGAUUCUGGUUAUAUGACGAGGCUGAUCUCAGGUUUAGAGUUAACUAAUGGAAAGGAUGAUAAAAGAGGUUUCGAAUUAUGCUAUCUCGCCAAGUAUGUUCUCGCCACUCAAGGUAAACACAAAAUGUACACGAUAAUGCACAUCUUCUGCGAAGUUUUGAACUAUUCUAUCGCUCUGGCGCAGACUUUGUGGUUGGUGCACUUUUUCAUUGUGACUGGUGUUCCAGAAUUUCUACCCAUUCAAGUCUCGACAUGGUCGGAUUUUCGAAAGUUUUACUUCCCUCCAAAAGGAGUGUGUUCCGUUUCUGUGAAUAAGACACAUCACCAAACAACAUGUUUCCUUCCUUUGAACAAGCUUUACAUGUUCAUGUUUCUCUUCAUUCAUGCUUGGUAUAUAUUCUUGACCAUUGUGUCUGGAAUUGUGUUGCUGUACCGAAUCGUGUUACUUUUUCCGUCACAAAGGGUGGCUGUCAUGAAGUUUUCAGCCCCUUGGGCUGAGAAAGAAACCCUCAAAUCCUUGUGUCAUCGUUUGUCUUACUCUGAUUGGUUCUUUCUGAUACGAUUCCAAAGGGUGAUGACAGACAUAGACUUUGCGCAGAUGCUUGACAAGAUAGCCAUUGUUUCCGCUUGUAAAACGUGUGACCAAACUGAUGAGGAUAAUAGAUCGUCCUUUAUAUCAGAUGAUGGACAUAAGGACCUCGGGAGUUCCACAGCUACUUCGCCUGUUUAAAUAGUAGUUUCAAAAAUCUGAUGUUGACAUUUAUUAUGAAUAAACAAUGAUAAGCGAGGAAUUCUCCAAUUUAGUGCCAUUCCUAUGAAAAAAUAUUGCAAUAUCAUUCGAUGUUUACUUUUUUAAAAAUCGUAUAUUCAUAGAGAAGAAGAAAAUUUUUGAAUAACGUCAUGAAAACUGAAAAAGAAAUGAAUUAAACAAAACUAUUCGUUUUUUAAGAGCGCGGUAAAUAUAUUUCUGGCAAUGUAUGCUGUGGAAGAUACUUAACUAACUGAAUGAAUAUGAUGUAUUUCUUUCCCGCUUAUAAACAGAAGUUUUUAGUGCUUUAUAAGCAAAUAUGUACAAAGACAGCGAAGGUAUAUUUAGCUUUUUGUGCUAUAUUGCUAAUGAAGCUUCUUCGAUUGCUAUAAAAAGUUUUCUAAUAUACAAUUUUAGAGGGUUUUAAGAUAUGGAAUAUAACUUCUGUAAAAGAAUCAGAUCUAAAGUAUAGAAAAUAGCAGUGAAGAAGUAAAAUAAUUCACAGAAAAAUGCAUCAUGCAUUUGACAAUGUUUAUUUAACAAUGCAAUAUGUGUAAUAAUUGUUAACAAUGUUAUGCAAUGUUUUCCUAUGCAAUAUGUGUAAUAAUUAAUCUUUG